AUGUUUUCCAAAUCAAAUCAAUCGAAGUAUUUGAACAGUACUCAAACAACCAGUGUCAAUAUGUCUUCUAAACAAUUCCCAGCAGAUGAACAAAACUAUAAACUUCAUAAAAAUUCUAACCUCAACACAACAACUACAAUUCCUGUCACUUAUUUUGAUAAUAAUAAUAAUAAUAACACUACUACUACUACUACUAAAAGUAAUAUUAGUAGUAAUCGAAGUAGCCUCAACGAUCGUUAUCGCGCCUCAAAUUUAACAACCCUACCUAUCCCAGAAUCAAGAAAAGUAUCAAAUUCUUCAAGAAUGAGUAAUAGUAAUGCUUAUUAUCAUACAACUGGUAUUGAUGAAGCACAACGGUUGGCUGCUGAAACAUUUGAAAAACUAUCAGCGAUAGAACGUAAAACCAGGUCAACACGUAAACUAAAUUGUAUUCGACAUGGUGAAUAUUUUCUGCGGAACAGUUGUAGAAAUAAUAAAGUUAGUCCAGUUGAAAAUAUUACGCAUGUAACAAAUCGUGGUGAAUUACUUGACAAUCCGAAUAUUAUAUUCAAUUAUGUGGCAUCAAAUGAAAUUGCUAAACUGGUCGAAAUUUUGUCCUAUAAUCCAUCUGUUCUAAAUCAGCACGAUUCAAGUCAACGUACUCUGUUACAUUAUGCUGCAAUGAAAGGUCAUUUGAAUUGUGCAAAAGUACUAAUGACUCAUAAAGCCAAAGUAAAUGAACCAGACGAAAGCGGGAAUUUACCACUGCAUUUAGCUGUUAAAGAAGGACACCUAUCAAUGGUACGUUAUUUGCUUAGUGUUGACGCUGAUCCUACAAUACCGAAUAAAGAUGGUCUUCUGCCAAUACAUAUAUCCUGUGAAAAAAAUCAUGUGGAAAUAUUAAAGGUAUUGUUGGAAUUAGAUAUUGUGGAUGUGAAUGCAGAAGGUGAACGAGGAGCCUCUCCAUUGCACUACUGUUGUAUUCGUGAUAGUGUUGAAUGUAUGCAGUUACUUUUGGACAUAGGAGCCAAUAUAUUUGCCCGAGAUCUCGAAUCUACCUAUCCUGUACACGUUGCUAUUGCUAAUGUCAGUCGCAAGUGUUUAAAUGCUUUAUUUCAAAUGGAAGAAAAGUUGAACAAAGAGAAAGGACUUGAAAAUACACCGAAACAAUCGUCCAACCUGAGUAGUAGUCAUAAUAAUAAUAAUAAUUUUUAUUAUAGUUGUUCACCCCUACCAGAUAGACAUCAAAGUACAUCAUCAGCGUCAGUUAAUAAUCCUAUACAGACAGUAGAUAUUGAAGGUCAAUUAAACAAUCAUAAAUCAAUUGAAUUGAGAAAGAAAUUCAUUUCAUCAACUCAAUCAUCAUUACAACGAAGUCUUAGUAGUCAACCGUAUGAAUGCAUGAAUGUGAUGACAAAUAGUCACUUAAUUGACUUAAUCGAUUGUGAAGGCGAAACUCCGCUGCAUACAGCAGUGACAUCAGGGAAUUCAGAUAUGGUAAAAUUUUGUCUGGAAAAAAAAGCCUUCAUAUUGGCUAAACAAAACGAUAAUUCAACGCCUAUCCACUAUGCAUGCAUGAAAGAUGAUUUAGAAUGUGUUCAAUUAAUGUUUGAAGCAGAUCCAUCGAUUAGAACUACAGUAUUAGAAAUGCCAGAUAAAAAUGGUUAUACACCGCUACACUUGGCUGCUGUCUACAAUCAUGAAAAACUUGUCAGUUAUCUAGUUGAACAGGGAUCACCGUUAGAAAUGACUGAAACAAAUGGUUGGACACCAUUAUUACUGGCUGCUAUGAAAGGUGCAUUUCAAACCUGUAUUCAACUUCUUCGUCUUGGGGCUAAUCCAAAUGCACAUGAUUCAAGCAAUCGUAAUUUAGUUCAUUUGUUAAUGUUAUUCCGUGGUCCAGGAAUUAGAACUGUCCUGCCAGAAGUAAACGAUGAAGAAUUAUUCAAACGACUGGUCAAUGAAAAAGACAAGUACGGUUCAACUCCAUUGCAUUAUUCAACAAAAAUGGGUAAUUUAGGCGCCACCACAGAGUUUGUUCUACGUGGAGCUUCAGCGCUAGAACGUGAUAAUGAACGUAACACCCCACUGCAUACAGCAGCGUAUUUUGGUCGUUUGCAUACAUGUGAAAAGUUGUUGGCCACACCUCAUGGAAUGCGUGCAAUGAAUUGUCCUGAUGCUGUUGGACGUCUACCAUUACAUGUGGCAGUAGAACGUGGACAUUUAGAAAUUGUGAAAUUAUUUCUUAAUCGCGGGUGUCUUUUUCGAAAAUGUCAUAUAGGUAAUACACCUUUGCAUUACGUAUCGAUUGGUGGAUGUUUAAAAACUUGCAAAUUGUUAUUACAGACAAGUCCAUCAUUGUUGAAUCAAACCAAUUUUCAUGGAAUGACAGCUCUGCAUUACUCCGCUAAAGAGAAUAAUGCUGAAAUCCUGGAUUAUCUGCUGACAUCGAAAGCGAAGAUUCUACCAGAUAAGGAUGGUAACUAUUUUGUCACUUAUGCUUUACAAAGAAGAAAUUAUGAAACAAUGAAAGCAAUUGUUGCACAUUCACGCUGGCCAGAACUCCAUGGAAUGUUAGACAAUACAUCACAGUGUCCAGUGGAUGGAUUUAUACGAGAUAUGCCAUCUAUGUGUGGAAUUGUUUUAGAUCAGUGUAUCAAAGAGAUUGGAUCAAAAAACACACUAGAUCAUGAGAUAAUUUAUGACUUCAGUAUACUUCAGAGACCAAUGAAACCACGUGAGAAACCACCUGAUAAUCCUAUGAAACGUAUAAAGUUGAUGGUCGAAUUGAAACGUGAAGAAUUAUUAAUUCAUCCACUUUGUACGGCGUAUUUGGAAAGGAAAUGGCAGAUUUAUGGACGUUGGGUACAAUUAUGCGUAAGCAUUUACUAUGCUGUCUUGUUGAUUGCAAUCACCUGUUUGGUGUUGGGACAUAAUCCAGUAUAUCACGUGGAUGAUACAAAGAAGAUUGACAUUUGCUCUGAUUUGUUUUAUGAAUCCCCUACAAGAAUGUAUCUAUUCUCAACAGUUGCUUCAAUUAUCCUUGUUCUUACAGCUUUGGAUUUAAAUAUUAAAUUGUGGCAGUUGUAUUCUCAGAAAUGGGAAUAUUUUAGAGAUUGGAAUAACUACUUAGAAUUCCUGUUGAAUUCCUUAGCUAUGACGUACUCCGCCCUGACGUUGAAGAAUCAUGUAGAUCAUUAUUAUGUUGCAUUGGGAGUGAUUGUUAUGUUCCUCGCAUGGUUUAAUUUCCUACUACAAAUGAUGAGAUUUAAGCAUAUUGGUAUAUUUGUCGUCAUGUUUUUACAUGUGUUUGCAACUGUCGGCAAGUGUUUAGUCGUAUUCUCCGUAGUCUUUGUAGCCUUUGCCCUGUCAUUUCAUGUCCUUUUUCGUGCUCCAAACUAUUCGAUUGGUUUAGCUGUUGGUGAUAUCGAAAAUGUUAGACGAAGUGCUGUUCAACGGUUGAUCUCACAACAGGUUUAUUGGUUAGCUGAUUUAGAGCCAAAAUUGACAGGAAUAUUUCGUUCCAGACUGUAUCAACCACACUGGAAGAAAAUAUCAAAGGGGAAUAAAAACACAGCAUUCUUAGAUAAAGUCAAUCAUACAACUGAGACAAAUGAUGAGAAUUCAAUGCAAAAAUAUCUUGAACAAACCAUUCAAAAGAUUAUAUCGAUUGAUAAGGAAACGAAACUACAAACUACACGAAUGGCUGCUAUUAUUGAGAAACUGGAAAUUAGAACUAAAGAAUUCAGUGUUGACGAAGGAGCUUACCCCGGGCGUACUCCUGGAUGUGAUUCAGCUGCAGAUUUAGACUAUGGAGUAUUUUAA